AUGGCAUCCAGCAGUCCCAAGUCUAUCAUCAACGAUAAGUCUGUCAUCUAUCCGACUAUCAAGAACGGUGGUAAUCAAGAAGAAGCUACUCCUAUCUUCACUCAAGAUGGUUUGGAUGGUUAUCGCUAUCUUGUCUGGGGAUCUCAAGUUGGUACUGAGGAUCACAAUAAGCUCAUCCAUG